GACUAAUGUGUUGUUAAUUAAAUGGUCAACGGUUACCUUCACAUAUUUUCACACAAAACUAACACAAUAUGGUGGUUGAUUUUCAGUGACAGCUCUUCUUGUGAUUCUUGUUCAUGAGUCUUCAGUAUUGGAAGCUUGGCUAAUAAUAAUUUCGAAAAAGAGAAGCACAAAUUGUAUAUCAACUUCCUUCCUGAAAAUAGAAAUCAAAUAUAUCAAAAACAACAAAAAAGGACCAUGACCCUUCUUCGUUUGAUCACGAAAAGUAUCGGUUCUUGUUGGCACCACGAGUGUGUAUCUUUCUCUGUAGAGUAAAGAUACAUUUAAGCCCCGAGACCUGACAGCAAUCAAGCUGAUCACAAGGUUGUUGUGCCUUUGCCCAGGGAAUUUCAAAUCAAUUAUUGAUUUUAGGUAUCAAAAUAAAGUUCUAAGGGGCGAUUUCUUCACCCUGGCUUAAGCGUUAAGCCAGGUUUAACUGUAUGGGUAAGCCUGGCUUACCGGUUAAGCCGAAGUGAAGAAAUCGGCCUUAAGGGCCGAUUUCUUCACCCGGGCUUAAAUUUUAAACCAGGCUUAGCAAUAGUUUGGGCUCAAGUUUGGGCUUAACUUUUGUUGCGACGCCGCAAUUACACAAUUCUAGAUUGAGUUUAAAUAAGGGCGAAAGUAACAUGAGAGAGUUCUCUUCAUCGACUCUCUCUUCUUCAAAUUAAAGUGACAAGAUGCAAGUAUUGUUGAACUUUUUGGUCAUAAAUCGCUAGGUUGCGAUGCAAUCUAGCGUCUAAGUGUGAAAAAGUUCGAUUGAAUUUGCAUCUUGUCACUUUAAUUUGCAGAAGAGAGAGUCGAUGAAGAGAACUCUUUCAUGUUACUUUCGCCCUUAUUUAAACUCAAUCUAGAAUUAUUCUGGGCCGGUCUAAAAUAUGAAUCCGUCUAGCUGUAGCAUAAUUGAGCAUGACAGCUCACUUGCAACUGUAGUGGUAGGUACGGAUAAAAGAUGCGCAACCUAAAUAAACAAGCUAGUGGUAGGAAUAGCAUUAGAAAAGAAUUGAAAUCAGAAAAGAGCUUAACUCCACCAUUGCAAAUACAAAUUUAUUCGUGCAGUAAAUUGGAAUAAGUUAGGUGAAAAUAACGUUAAACUAUUUGCUCAUUAGGACAAUCCGUAGGCCAGUCACUGUUGAUCAAAACCCUACAACGUAUUCUCGAAUAACAAAAAGGAGAAGUUACGCAGUUUAUUUGUUGCGCUAGCGGUUCAGAUCAAAAUACGAACGGCCAGUCAUCUGAGCGAAAUAGGGUAGUUGUACCAUAGUUUGUCACCUGUACAUAAGCGAAAAGAGAUUGAUUGGGAGAAAAGGAAUCACUUAUUGUAAGUAGUUAAUUACUUAAACAAAUGAAUAAUUAUGAUAAAGAUUAAAUAAAUUUUAGUUUGAGCGUUGUCGAAAACAAGUCGACUGCUACAGAAAAAGUUGGGUUUCCCUUCGGAAACAAUCUCAAAAAUAAGUGCCAUCCGCGAAUGACUUCCGCGAAGUUGGAAAGUGUCGAGUGAAGAGUGAAAACCUGCAGCAAGAUGGCUUCCGAUGCAGAAUCCACCCACGACCAAACCAUCACGGACCUGACGGCGACUCCGUGCGCCAUUUGUGGCCCGUCUACGCGCGACGAAGUGAUGGUCGGCUGUGAUGGGUGCUCGGAAUGGUUCCACAUCCGUUGCGUGGGCAUCGAAGAGGGCAAACUGCCGAAGAAAUGGUACUGCCAAAGCAAGGCCUGCCAGGAGAAGGCCCAGGAGUACCACCAGAAGCAGAAGGACGCCAAGAAGCAGGCUCGUACCCGGAAAAAUGGCAACGAGUCUGACAAAUCCAGCGUCAGCUCUCGCUUAGCUUCGUCUAGCGUGGAAGCGAGGGUGCGAGCACUAGAGGAGAAGCAGAAGCGCCAGUACGAGGAGAUGGAGGAGGAACUGCAGCUGCAGAAAAAGAAAAGGGAGAUGCAGCGUGCGUUCGAGCAGCGAAAGAUGGAGCUGGAGCUGCAGAUGCGCGCUGAGGAAGAAGAGGAGCAAAGAGCUUGGCAAGCGGAAAUGCUCCAGAAGAAGAAGGAACAAAUUCGUCAGAUGAAAUCGAACCAGGAUUCUUUCGAACUGCAGAUGGCGGCCAUGGAUAAGGAGUUGGCGGAACUGUCGGCCCAAAAAUCCAAACCGGUGUCAAAAGUAGUCGCGGGUGCUUCGAAAGCGGGCUUUUCCGGCAAAAUCGACGAAAAAGUGUUGAAGCUGAGUAAGGCGAACGUGAGGAAGCUAACGCAAAGCUACAAAAGCUCCGAAGAGGAUGAGGAGGAGGACGAUUCCGGCGAUUCGGAUCUGCAGAGCCAGAGUUUGGACUCGUCGAUGCAGCGCAAGGCGAAACUGAAGGCGUCCAAGAAAGUGGCAAUUACCAGCCAAGACGGGCUAGGGCAACGGCAGACAGUACCGUCAAAGGCCCAGCUGGCCGCGAGGAAGGGGUUGACAUACCAACUACCAAAAUUCUCCGGUAAACCAGCGCAGUGGCCAUUGUUCUACGCGGCCUACAAAGCGUCCAAUGAUGUCUGCGGCUACAUGGACCACGAGAACUUGAUGCGACUUCAGGAAGCGCUGGAAGGCGAUGCCCUCGAACUGGUGUCUGGGCAGUUACUACUCCCCGAAACCAUACCGCAGGUAAUCGAAAAGCUGCGCCGGCACUUCGGUCGUCCAGAACAACUGCUCCAAAGCCUACUGGACAAGGUAAACCGGCUGGAACCCCCAAAACCGGACAAUCUGCGGAGUUUUGUUCCAUUCGGAAACACGGUGGAGCAACUCUGCGGCCAUCUGGAGGCAGCGGACCUACGGCAACACCUCGUAAACCCGCUGCUGAUAAAGUCGCUGGUCGCCAAGCUGCCGGAUCGGGAAAAGCGCGAGUGGAUCCAUUAUCGGCGAGGUCGAGGGGAAACAACGUUGCGGACGCUGACGGAUUUCCUGAUGGACAUAGUGGCGGACGCCUGCGAAGCCAACGUUGACGUGGAGUUCAAUCCGCCCCCGUCCGGAGCAUUUCCCCAAACCGGAAAGAAGAGGUCUAAUAAGGCUGGACUGUAUUGUCAUUGCGAAGCCAGCGGUUCGGCUGACAACUCAAGCGAAGAGAGGAAGCUGAAACCGUGCAAGAUGUGCCAAUCCACGGACCAUCGUCUGCGGCACUGUGCGAUUUUCAAGACGUUGCGAUACGAUGAACGCUUGAAUCUGGUGAAGCGCGAGAAGUUGUGCCAAGUCUGCCUCAACGAGCACGGCGGGCGGUGUAAGUUUAAAAUCCGUUGUAACAUCGGCGACUGCAGAGACUUCCACAAUCCAUUGAUGCAUCCGGUCGGAAAUACGAUCGAGCUGUGUGCACCCAUCCGGAUAAACUGCACGGUCUUGUUCCGGAUCGUUCCAGUGCAGCUGCACUAUGGCGGAAAAACGGUUUCAGUUCUGGCAUUCCUGGACGAAGGCGCUUCCGUUACAUUGGUGGAAAAAAAGCUCGCCGACCGUCUGGGCGCGGUCGGAAUACAAGAGCGAUUGACCAUCCGGUGGACGGGAAACACGUCGAGAGAGGAGGAUUCCCGAAGAAUGAGUCUUUGGGCGUCGGGAACAGGCGCUGCAGCCGGCAGCAAGAUGCUGUUACACACAGUGCAUACGGUGGACAAGUUGAUGCUGCCACAUCAAAAGUUAGAUUCGGAGGAGCUUGGAGCACAGUACGAGCACAUGCGAGGGCUGCCCAUCGAAUCGUAUGACGGACAACCGCAGUUGCUGAUUGGAGUAAACAAUAUCCACGCGUUUGCACCGAUAGAGGCAAAGGUGGGUACGCCCGUUGAACCGAUUGCAGUUCAAACCAAACUGGGAUGGACGGUGUAUGGGCCGCGGCAGACAACUUCGGCGGUGACCGGUAACUAUCUCGGCUACCACCAGCAGAUAACCAACGAGGAUAUUCCCGAGCCGCUCAAAACCCAGUGCACGUUGCUAGAACCAGCGGUGGAGAUUCCAAUUACGCAUGGAAGAGCGGAGAAAAAACGCAAUCGGAAAAUACGAGGGCGAAUCACCGAACAUGUCGGUGAUCGCUGCGAAACCGGAUUGCUAUCAAAAAUGGACGGUCCACGACUUUCGAAAAGUCAUCCGAUUGGGGUUCGUGGAAUAAAGCAGCUGGAGCAGCGGCCCAAUGAUAAGAAGCUACAGCGUUUCUUCUUCCGAUCUAACCCGGAAGAAACACCGCUAAUAUGGCGACUCUCGUUCGCUGCACCGGAACGCGAAAGGAUAGGCGGGUUCGAAAUUCGAGACAGGAUGGCCAAUUUGCCGGAUGUUUUACGGAACCUAGGAAAGGUGAAGCCGGCGACAAAGGCACAUUUAAAUCGUGGCAUCCUGCGAAAGGCGAAGGAAAGAGUCCUAGGAGCGAUUUGGGAUUCAAGUGACAACCAGUUUGCGUUCUCGACGAGGCACCGCAGCGAGUUGCUACCGCACCAGUACGAGAAAAAGCGGUCGACGAGAAGGGUCGUCACAAGUGGAGCGAGUCCGGAAAAAAUCAAGAUCGAUCGGCGAAAGGAUAAGCAUUGGGCGAUGCGCGCGCUCGUUGAGGUGCGCAAGUUAUUGAAAUGUUUCGACGAUCAGCAACCGCUUCAACAGGACAAUUGGGUAUUCGUGGUCGAAGGCAAGAACCGGAGGUCCUGGAGAAGAAGCGUCAUCGAGGCGGUGAUCAAGGGCUCCAAUGGACGAGUUCGGCAAGGUGCAGAGACAAGGCGUGAUGAACCAUGCGGCGUAGAGGUAAGGUAAAU